AAACAAUAAAAUGCAGCCGCUGCGGAAGAUCCCACGAUUGCAAUUGCGUGACUCUUCCUUCGUCUUCCUUACCGUACUGUGUUUACCCUUCGUACUUCUCCCUUUCUUGCAUCACCAUUGCGGUAGCUUCGUCCUCUUACUUCUAUUUGGGAACGAGCGAGCGAUAGAGAGGGAGCGAGAGAAAUGGGGCGGCUGUUUCUUGUGAGCCUGGAGGGCAAGAUCUACAGUUGCAAGCACUGCCACACGCAUCUUGCCCUCUCCGACGACAUCAUCUCCAAGUCCUUCUAUUGCAAGCAUGGGAAGGCCUAUCUCUUCAAUAAGGUUGUGAAUGUAUCUGUUGGACUUGAAGAUGAUCGGAUGAUGACAUCAGGGCUGCACACUGUUUGCGAUGUUUUCUGCGUUUGUUGUGGCUCCAUUGUUGGGUGGAAAUAUGAGGUUGCUCAUGAAAAGACCCAGAAGUACAAAGAAGGGAAGAUUGUGCUGGAGAGGUUUAAGCUCACAGGUCCAGACGGAAGUCGAUAUUGGCUAACUCAGGAUACCAGUAUCAGUGGCAGUGAUCCUGAUGAUGUAUGAUAACUAUAUGAGCUCAGAGGAAAAUACAAAGUAUUCCUGAUGUAAAUUCUCUUGAUCUUUGCUUCAAAUUAGACCAUGCGGUUUCUGGUGAUUGAACCUGUCUCAAUUACCAGCUGAAUCUGGUAUGAAAUAAAUAUAAAUUGCUUAUCGUGCAUUGCCAUUUA